AUGCGGGGCUCAAGUCCUCCCAGCAAGCCACAGCUCGCGGCGCUGGCGGCGUCCGUGCUCGUAGCCUCCACUACGAGCUUCUCGCUGCCAGGGGUACAGAUGGUGACGUACCGGAAAGGCGAUGCGCUGCCUGUCUUUGUCAACAGCCUCACAUCGACCGAGACGUUGCUGCCUCUUGACUACUAUAAAUUGCCUUUUUGUCAGCCGGAUAAAAUCGAGUACAAGUCGGAAAAUCUGGGCGAGUACUUGACCGCCAAUCGCAUUGAGAACUCUCCUUACGAAAUCAAGUUUCUGGAAGACCAGGAAUGUACAGUAGUGUGCAAACAAGAGUAUGGCGAGGAAGCUAUUGCAACGUGGGAGGACAAGAUCAAGGGCUCGUACCGUAUCAACUGGAUCUUGGACAACCUUCCAGCGACGUCCAUGUCGCUAGAAGGGGGUGUGCUGGUGGGCUUUCCAUUGGGAAGCUUCAACUCGGAGGUGGAAGUUGUGCCACAGCUGCACAACCACGCGAAGGUCAUCAUUGGCUACAACAAUAACCCGGUAAGCGGUGCUGCUUUUUCAGUGGAAAAAGGUCGCAUUGUCGAUUUUCAGGUCGUACCGUACAGCUUCGAGUACGCGCCUAGCAACUUUGAUGAAAAGAACAACCGCAUGACCGCAUGCGAGCACUCGAGUGGACCACAGCGUCCACUGUAUGUGCGCAAAGAUAAGAGUGGCAAGAUGCCCGUAAUCUGGACCUAUUCUGUCGAAUGGGUGCUGGACAAUGAGCGUGAUUGGCGCACGCGGUGGGACGUGUACUUUGACGCUGGCUCGGGUGGUUUUGAGGUGCACUGGUUCUCCAUAAUCAACGCUCUUGUGAUCGUGCUCUUCCUCAGCGGAAUGGUGGGCAUGAUUCUCAUGCGUAGUCUUCAUCGCGACAUCAAUCGAUACAACCGUGUACCUACAGAAGAGGAACGCGCUGAAGAGCGUGAGGAAUCUGGAUGGAAACUCGUGCACGCAGACGUGUUUCGUCCACCGUCGAAGCACCCGAUGCUCUUUUGCGUCAUGGUGGGCACGGGUUGCCAGUUGCUCGGCAUGGCGCUCGUGACUUUAUUCUUUGCAGCUGUGGGUGUCCUGGCGCCUUCGAAUCGUGGUAAGCUAGUGAUUGCACUGCUGGUGUGCUUUGUGCUGCUGGGUAUGUUAGCAGGAUACACUUCAGCUCGUACGUACAAGAUGUUCAAGGGCAAGCGCUGGCAGAUGUGCACGGUGCUCACGGCUGUAGUAUUCCCCGGCAUCCUGUUUUCGUUGUUCUUCUUUCUGAACCUGUUCGUAUGGGGUGCUGGCUCGGACGCUGCUGUGCCGUUUGGCUCGAUUCUGCUUGUCUUUUUCCUCUGGACCGGCAUUUCCGUGCCUCUUGUGUUUGCAGGAGCCUACUUUGGAUUUAAGAUUGCUCCUGCUACGUUCCCUGUGGCAACAAGCAACAUUCCGCGUCCUGUGCCUCCCCAGCCGUGGUAUAUGACGCACAUGUCGGCAGCGGUCGUGGGUGGCAUAUUACCGUUCGGUGCCAUCUUUGUGGAGCUGUUCUUCGUGUUGUCGUCCCUAUGGACGGACAAGUACUAUUACGUAUUUGGGUUCUUGCUAUUGGCUUUCGUUAUCCUGAUCAACACGUGCGCUGAGAUCACUAUUGUGCUCACCUAUUUCCAGCUGUGUGGUGAAGAUUACAAUUGGUGGUGGCGGUCAUUCUUUGUAUCAGGCGCGUGUGGCGGCUACGUGUUUCUCUACUCGACGUACUACUUCUGGAUGCGUCUCGACGUGACAAACGUUAUCGGCGCCAUGCUCUACUUUGGCUACAUGGCGAUGAUAUCGGGCGCUCUGUUACUACUGACGGGAGCAGUGGGCGUCGGUGCCUCGUUGUGGUUCACACGCAAAAUCUACGCGUCCAUCAAGGUCGACUAG